AUGCUCCGAAAUUUACGUAUACGAGCCGCUAGCUACUACACGAAAUACGGAAUCUCCCGAAAUGCAACAGAUGCGGAAAUCAAGAAGGCGAUAAAUGCGUACACUCUGAAUAAUGCUUUCAAAUCUCCUUUUUCUGCGCCCCUGCCGAAGAGUCCCAAAAGCAGACUUGGACUUGUUGCGAUUUUUGCGGCAAGGGAUCAGUUUGCCAAAUAUAUUCUCAUUUAUCAGAGACAAGCUUACAACAUCUGGGUAGACGAACGUAAUCUUGGAAAGGCGAUGGCAACUGCUCUCUAUUCUAAAAAUCAUCUUCUCGUCUGA